AUGCUCAACAUGCUGUCGUUGAUGUGUCCUCUCACCAAUGGAGCACGGGUGUCCAUCUUUCCAACAAGCCCAAGCCCGCUCGUCGCUUUCACCAUCAAUGUGAACUACUCACUGACCAGAAAGAGCAGCGUGACAAGUUUUGCAGAUUCCAUCACUCGAGAGUUGGACAAGAUUCUGCAGAACCAAGUGAGCAAAGCCAUCCAAGAGCAAGUGGAGGCAGAACAGCGGCAGGCUCCGGAUGCAGUGGUGGGCAGACGUGAUCCAGAGAUGUGGCAAGGGCGGCAAUGGUUGGGUGUUCUGUGCAACUUGGAUGAGACCUAUGACUUCCUAACUGCAUUCGGGCUUUUGUCAGAAGAAGGUAGCAAGUCUUCAAAGGCAAGCUCCAAGGUCAACCCGCACCAGAGUGCCUUGAACAAACUCCUUCAAUUUCUGUCUGCAGCCCGUGCAACCAGAACCAGUGGAAGCUGUGGGGACACUUCUGGCAACGGCAUCUCGCUUGGCGUGGUGGGGAACAUGCAUCCGUCCACUUAUGUGCCCAUGGAACGCUCUGAAACGGGCAGUCACCAUGCAGCCACGAAGGAAAGGUUUCUCAUUUGCAGUGGCCGCCCCAUUCAGCCCCACGAAGACGUUCCAGAAGAUUACCCAUUGCCUUCAGGCGAGGACAGUGUUGCCACAUGGCUCGGGUGUGAAGAAACUAUAUGUCCAUCAUGUGUUUGUUAG